CACGAUAUCGAUAUCCAAUUCCAACAUCCACCAAAAACCCCCUUCCACACUCAUUUAACAGAUGAUCAUGACCUUUUGAAAAGCGACCGUAAUCUGGAGGCCACUGUAUUUGGUCUUAUUGUCGCUCAUUUACUCGGAGUCAUCGCAUUGGGUUUGGAGUUUUAUAUCAUACCAUGUCACUUCCUGAACCGCUGUUGCCGUUAAAAGGCGCAUGCAGCGUCAUAUUCGAUAAUACUUUAUACUCGUACUCGUCCGCUGGAUUCGAGUCGUUAAAACUAGAAGAUGGGGCGCAAUGGGAAAAGUUAGCUAGUGGACACUCGGUGGAAGGUGGUGUUUGUGUUGGAACGACGCCGAAAGAUUCCUCGAAGGCCGCACUAUUCGUCGUUGGCGGAAAGUCGAAGUCGUCUGACUACGCGGGUCUCCAGAAGUUCACGUAUAAAACCAAGAAAUGGGAAGCUAUAGCUCCGGAAGUGAACGUGACGCAGAAUCGGGUAUACCAUAGCGCCGCGUAUAUCCAGGGCAGCGAUUCGAUUUUGGUUUACUCAGGUUCUACUGAUGGAAACCCAAGUUUGUCUUCCCAAACCUUCACCGUUGGGGCAUCUGAACCAUACGAGGUGUUGGCCUUUCAAUCGACCCUCUCUCCGCCAGGAAUCGCGCCAAUAAUUCUUCCAUGGUCGGACACACAAGCAGUCAUGCUCGGUGGUAACCCAACUAACACGCGAGUAAUGCUAUUCGAUCCGGUCGCCUCAUGGAUUGAUCCAGGCAUAACUUUGGCAGAGCCGCUGCCUAAGAACUCCACUUUCGUCAAGGCUGCUAUUAUAGACGGCGAUGAUGGUAGCAAACAUCUUUAUACGUUUGAUAUGAGCACCUCCCCAAACACUGUUAACAGGACCAUGUUGUCGACUGGUGGCGGCCUCCCUAUAGCCGGCGCGGCCCCAGUCAGAGAAUCUGUCUCGAGUCGUGAUUUACAGGAGGGCAACGAUGCUGCUAUUGAGAAGCGAGCACUUACUGAGGACAACUGGCCGAAAUACAACUCGACUUUAGCGCCGCGUAGCACACGGAAUGACUACUCCAUAGCUACCGAUUCGAAUGGUCUGGUGGUAAUAUCGGGUGGAAACGACGAUGAGGUAUUGUGCAUGUUCAAUGCGAAGCAGAACACUUGGAAAAACGCAACAGCCGUGUUUGGACAGCAAAAGGGUUUCUCUAUCCAGUCGACACCUGAAUCAUCAUCAUCGGUAUCUUCCUCUUUCUCUAGCACUGCCACGUCCUUUUCGACCUCGACCUCGGAUCCUAUCGUCGCUGCUACUACUGAUGCCAUCAGUGCUACCCCUACGCCUACUCCUGCACCUCAAGCGGAGAACAACUCACUCGAGCCAACAACUUUAUUAGGAAUAGUACUUGGAACUAUCUUCGGUUUCGCGUUUGUUUUAAUGUGCUUGUUGUUCUGGAUGAAGCACCUUCGGAAGCGUCAGAACCAUGCUGAUGCAGGACAUGCGCCAAUGGACAGGGGAAUAUCGGACGAGAAGAGCGGAUUUGACCAGGAAUUCGCAAAGGACCCGGGUGGGCACUUCAAAGGGCAUGUCCCGCAGGACUCAGUAGGUUCAUUCUCGUCAAUGGCUAUCUUGAUGGGCAAGGUACCGAAGUCCGCCAUGCAGCCUCAAGGAAACAACGAAAUGAAGCGUAACUCUACCAACAGCAUCUUUAAUAAGCAAUUCAAGAGCACUAUUGGUCGACCACAGCCUCAGGAAGGUCCAGAGCCAGAUUUCCUCUCGAGGGAUGAAAAGGGUGUGGCCUUCGCCGCCGAUUUGAGCGAACCUAAACCGCGACCUCGACCAGCUGCACCAGACAGUGGAGAUGAUACGAUGAGGAGGAGCUCUGGCUGGAAUCGUUACUGGUCCGGUGGUAGCGCGCUUUCCGUCUUUGGCCUCGGGAAUGGCAACUCGCAGCAUGGAAAUGGUUCGGAGCCCAGCUCUUUCUAUUCGAACAAAAAUCGUCUAACUCAGGAUUCCGCGACUGUACCAGCCCUAUCCGUGCCGUCCUUGCAAGUCCCACAAGGGCGAGCCGAAUUGAAUUACGUCAACUCGAGCAGCCCAACAAUUUCCCAGCACAACCUUCACAUCGGAGAGGGACUGUCCGGCCAAAUAGAACGUCCCAUAUCUACUGUAUCAUCUUCCGGUUAUUCUAGCGGCAUCCCGCCUAGUGUUCACGAUACUUGGGAUCCGACGACGAUGAAAAAGGCUUGGGGCGACGUGCGGGCUCCCAGUAGCACUUAUAGUCAGAGCGUCUAUCAGACUGUUCUCGGGCCUCCCGGUGCAAGCGGACCUCCCACGGGUAUCUCUUCUCAGCCGCCACAGGUAGCUACGGCGUCUAACUCAAACGAUUUGAGCUGGCUGAACUUGGGAGACAACAACAACAACCAGCCGUUUAAAUAGAUCCUUUCAUAUAUUUUCAAGACUGGUGUUUGCUUUUG